GGUUUCAGCUACCCCACCACGAAAACGUCAUCAUCUGCAUGAUUCCCCUCCUUGGAAUCCAGCUCAGUUGAUCCUGCUUGAGAAUAUAUCCAAGUUUCUAUUCCUGCAUGAUCUUGAACAUCUAUCUUCUUUUCAUCAAUUUAAACAACUCAAACAAUAACUUUACGAGAAUUAAUCUACACUGCAAAACUCAAUAAUCUAGUAAGUUGUUCCCAAAGAAAGAUAGUAUUAUGCUGGUUGGGAAGAGCUUUUAGCUCUACCCCGCACAAGCCACCUCAACAAAAUACAUACAUAGCCCGUCUCUCUGCUCUUGACUGACAGCAUUCGCUAUAGCAUAGCAUCAAUUCAACCCAACCCAAACCAAAUAAAUAAAACAACAGCAAUAUGUCAGGAUACGGAAACGAGGGUUACGGUGGCCAGCAAGGUGGAGGAUAUGGUGGUGAGGGAAGACAAGGUGGAGGAUAUGGUGGUGAGGGAAGACAAGGUGGUGGAUAUGGUGGUGAAGAAAGACAAGGUGGAGGAUAUGGUGGUGAAGAAAGACAAGGUGGAGGAUAUGGUGGUGAAGAAAGACAAGGUGGAGGAUAUGGUGGUGAAGGAAGACAAGGUGGUGGAUAUGGUGGUCAACAAAGUGGUGGAUAUGGUGGUGAAGGUAAUUAACAAUCUCAAUCCUACACAACAAACUCAAGCUCACACAUACCUAUAGAGAGGAGAGAAGGUGGUGCUAGCGGACCUGGUGCAGCAUUCGGCGGUGGAAACUUCAACGAAGAUCGUCGUCAAGGAGGUGGUGAGGCUCAAAGCUAUUACUCGGGCGGCGGACAAGGAGGACAAGAGGAAAUUCGUCACGGUGGUCGGGAUGAGAAAUAUGGAGGAAAUGGUCAUAACUCAUAUGGUGGCGGUGGAGGAUAUGGUGCAGAUGAUGAGGAUCUGAAUGGUGCAGCUCAUCAUGCUGCACAACACUCUGGUGACUCUGGCGAUUCGGGCAUCUUUUCAAGUGUCUUGGGUUAUUUGGGUAAGAACAAGAGCAAUAUCAGUAACCAGGAUGUGGACGAGCAAGGUAAGGCAAUUAUUACAAUCUAAUAUCACCUGAUAACAUGCUAAUAUCAAACCAGAAGCCGUAAACUCCCACAAACAAUUCUAUGGUGGUGGUGGUAGUUCUUCUGGGGGCUCCGCAUCUUCAUCCAGCAUGGGUAGUGCCGCAGCAAUGCAAGCACUCAAGAUGGUUAACGGUGGUUCAUCCGGCAAUUCUUCAUCUGGAAACUCUCAAAAUGCAUUCGUUGGCAUGGCAAUGGCACAAGCCAGCAAAUUAUUCGAUCAACAAAGCAGCCAAGGAAAUGUAUCCUCCAGUUCUUCCAAGGAAAGCGUUGUUCAACAAGCAGGUGAAAUGGCUCUCAAGAUGUACAUGAAGAGUCAGGGAGGUGGAAGCUCAAGUGGAAGCUCGGGCGGUAUGAGUGGAUUGAUGGGAUUGGCUAGUAAAUUCAUGUAAAGGAUUCCUGGAUAUGUAUCGAUGCAUGGAUGGAUGGAUGGGGAAAAUAUCCGGUGCUAGGAUGUGAAGAUGAUUUAUGAUCUCAUAGUUUUUAUGAAGCAAUGAAAUACCUAGUAGCUAAAUCGAAUUGAAAACGUUGAUGUUUUACUUAUAUCUUAUGGCUGUUAUGGGGAGGGUUCAUGUACGA